AUGACAACAGCUCCUUCAAUAGCAUUUCCCACUAUGGAAGUCCCUGCUGCGGAUGAUACGAUGGAGAUGGCUUCGCCCCUUCCAGGGCAUGCUGAUGAUUUCGACAUUGACCUUGAUGUCAUGGAAGACCAAGCCUCGAACGCGGAUAAGGACAUGAUGGGCGCGGAUGAUUAUCCGGAUGAGUCCAUUGAGAUAGAAUACACCCGGGAGGGAGCGAACGAUGCGGAUAUGAUGGACGAUGUCGCUGAACCGACCAUGGUCGACGCGGAUGACCAAUACCCGGAAACGAACGGUAACGUCGAGAUGCAGUAUUCGGCGGACGAGACAUACGAAGCAGAGAUGUUAGAGGACGACUACGAUGAGGACAUCGACGUUCCCAUGCCCAAGUCGGAUGAGCAAGGCCCAACAACCGCCCAGGAUGACAUUGGCCAGAAAUCAGAGCUUGAAAUAGGACCCUUGCAAACGAACGAUGUUGUUCAAGAAGAAAGCGAAAACCACGCGUUGGAAACCCAUGUGAAAUCCACGGAGGAACAUGUGACUGAACCUGCCGAGGAACCACACACGGAACAGGAACAGCACGACCAUCCUGGAUCUGAGCACGUUCAAGAGGCCGGACUUCAGCCAGACAAAUUGGAGGGUGAUAAGAUUCCUGAGACUAACCAGACAGAGCGGACUGAUGUGCAAAGUGUGCAACCCGAUCUAAACAAAGACGGCCCGACGGAUUCGAAGCAACCUGAAGAAGGUGCCGGUGAAGUAACCGAAGCCCAGCCGCCCAUCGAUCAACCUAAAGAGCAGGAAGUGGGACCAACAGAAGUGCAAGAUACUGAGAAGCCCAAGGAGAAAGAGCAAGGAGCCGACUUGAACGAACAUGCAGCUUUGCAUCCCGUGAAAGUCUAUUACCAGGAUAAUGAGGUCUCUCUGUUUCCCCCUCGGGAAGGUGAUUCAUCUGAAACUUUCUUCCUCGAGGAUGAGAGUCUUGCCUACGAGAACUUUGGAAAGCUUUUUGAAUCUUUCCGUGAAGUUCUUCGGGAGCAUAUUGGAGAAAAUGAUGUUCUAGUCGUAGAUAUUGACGCUCUGAACGUUCAGCUAACAGAGGAUUCUCUAAACUCGUCCAAGGUGACAUUACAUCAAAUCAUCAACGUAUAUCUACACCUUUGCGACAAUGAAAGCAUUGGCGAACCGGAAUCCUUAUACAUCACGCUGAGCACAAAGCUGACCGCUUCGGCGGCUAUAUCUGAACUUGCCGCUGCUGCGAAUGAAGGCAAAGGACUUUCCGAGAUCUUCUCUUGGGAUGAAUUUGAUGAAGUAGAGCCAAUCUCAGCAGGGCCUGAUGCUGAGCCUCAACAUGACCUCGAAUUCCAAGAGCAAGCCCCGGAAGAGUUUCAGAAGCCUCCGAAAUCUCGAGAGCAUGAAGAACGUGAGGAACCUGCAGAACAUGUUACAGAGCCUGAGCCAGUGCGCGAAGAGCCUGAGGCACCUGAAGAACAGGAGAAGCCUAAAGCAUCUGAUGAACGACAGGUCGAGGCUGCCGAAGCUACUCAAGUUUCCGAGCAGGAUGUCGCAGAGCACGAGGAAGGUCAUAACCUUGAACUUCAACCUGAGGUUACCAACGAGGCCGAGCCCGCUAUUCAGGAGGGAGCUCACUUCGAACAAGAAGACCAGGAAAAAGACGAUGACAAGCUCCCUUCCAAUCAGCCUGGUGAGGAGGUUGAGGAUGCUGCACUCACUGGAAAGGGUGAGGAUGAUGAAUAUGGGGGAUUUGAUGAAGGGGAGUACGAGGAAGAUGCUCAGGGGUAUCACGACCCUGAGCUCGAAAAUCAAGAUCACCCUUCUAACGACAGGUCAUAUGACUCAGAAGAGCAGAAGACGGAGUCUACUGCCACUAUUGCCCCCUUGCCUGCAACGGACAGACAGCAAGACGUUGAGCUGUCUGCCGAUGUCACUGAGACAGAUGGUGACCAUGGUGAAUACGAUCAAGUCGAAGACACAGGGGAGGAGGAUCACCCCAAUGAUCACACUAAUCUAGAUGCGCCGGAGCAUGAUGAGUAUUCCGAGGAGCAAGGAUACAACAAUGUCGAUGGUGCGUACGAUGAACAGAAUGCCAAGGAGCUACGCGAAGAACCUUUGUCAAAGACGCAUGACACAAGUGAUGGGGAUGAAGACGAAGACCGUACUCCGCAAGAAGAUGUUGCCGACGAAGCCUUCCAAGGUAAUGAGGAUGCUGUACAUGGUCACCCUGAGGAUGGUGAUUCGGAUCCAGCACAGAAUGACGCUCGGACUACUCCAGAGCCAGCGGACGAACUGCUCGGAAAUGCGGAAAGCGUGAUGGACAGUCCGUCUAAAAACGCCAAGGACAACAACGAAACUGCAGAUUCUGGUGAAGUCUUGCAUGAUGACGCUGAGUAUGUUUCAUCAGCAACUGCCGAAGAAGAUGUCAAAGAAGUCACUUUUGAUGGCAACGAUGAUGAAUUCUUCAACCUGGAUUUUGACGAUGAAGCUGGCCCGGAGACGAAUGUCUCUGAUGCAGUGGCCGACCACAACGUCUCGACCAAACGUACACGCGAUCCCGAAGAUGAAACUGAUUUGACCGAAACUACUCCGGAUGCCAAACGCUCGCGAUCCUCCUGA